UCUGCUCCCGCUAAAACACAUACCCGCCGUUGGUUGUCCAUCAAUUGCGUCCAGAAAACCAAAUCAAGAACUGAAAACGAAUCGAUGGUUAUUCAUAUCCAUCACUUCUCCCCUACGUUUUAUAAGUUUGUCAAUUCUUUCAGCUUUUCUUUUAUUUUCUUUUUCCUCUCUUUUUUUCUGUUCCUUCGGGCAUCUGAAGCUCUCGCAGAAUCGGGUUUUCCAUAUUGUGGGUGGGCAUAACCAGAAUUCGCAUAGCGGCUUCCUAGUUGAUGGAAUCCAGAGAGACUGCCAGUUCCGGCAGAUUGAGCUCCAGGCGGCGUCCAUUGCAUACAUGUGGAGUCUCAGCGUUAGCUAUUGCUGACCAAGCAUACAUAAAAGCACAAGAUUUGAAUGGGCCGAUAGGUUCCAUGGCUAAAAGGUUAGCCAAAAUCGCCAAGUUUGUCGAACCAUUGCUUUAUGCCUUGCAGUAUCAAUCUCUAGCACUCUUGUCGUUUGUCGAUGAUCGUAUAUUAGCUGUUGAAAGCAUUGUUGAGACAGUUUUUCCGCCAUCAAAGUAUGUGUUCAACAAGAUUGACCAGUAUGUAGAAAUUGUGGAAAUCUUGCCAGGAAAGUUUGAUGAUGCUACCAACAAAGCUUAUAUGGUUAUUCACCAAUUUCCAUUGUUGGAUUGGGCAUUGCUCCGUGUCAUUUCCUGGCUCAACUUUUGGAUUUCUGUAUUAACAGAAACUACUACCAAGGACAAGGAAAUUAUGGUCGAUAAGAGCUGCAAUGUUGAAUCGGCGACUGUUGAAGCUGAGGCGGACCAAGAAUACACCACAACCCUUGUUGCAAUAGAAGAUAUGGAGGAAUUUCCUCCCAUUGCUGAAAGUCCACAACCUGAAGAAGCAGAGAGAGUUGAUGUCACAGUCAUGAAGAGCACAUACAAGGAAGCAUUAGAGAUGGGGACAACUGAAAACAAAGAAAAAGAAGAUCAAAAGGAGACGCACGUCCAACAAUCUGAUAUCGGAGAGGAAAAAACCAACGAAGAAGGAGGAAGCGAUAAUGAAAGUGAUGAAACUACUGGAAGCAAAGAUGACAUUCUAGAGCUUUUUGAGACUGCUUGGCAAAGGGAAGGAAAAUCAGUGUCACGUUCUGUCUCUGAUACAUGAUUGUCAAGUCACAGAGAGGAGUGGAUGGCAAAUGAAAGGGUACUUCUUUGUGAUCUUUGAAGCAUACAUAUAUGGUUAUGUAUAGUAGAAUAUAUAUAGUCGAACAUGUGACCCAGUGGUGCGACCUAGAGAUCAUCGGUUUGCAUACAUUGAUAGUGGCACCAAGCACGGAAGUUGUUUACCUUUACCAUAUAUAGUGAAAAAUUUUAAGUCCAGCAUACCAAUAAUAUGUUGCUGUGUGAAUAUGUAUUUACAAGUUUUGAA